GAAAGCGGGGCUGUGGCGUUCUGGCGCCGGCUGCGCAAAGUCAACGCCGCCCUCCUCAGAUAAGGGACGGGAAGCCCAGGAGGAGCGGAGCCGUCUCCCGGGACACUCAGGGCGCAGAGUCCUAGGAGCCAGGACCUGGGCUGUGGCCGCUGUUCUUUCCGCGGCCAAAGCCCCGCCCGGCCAGGCCCGAGACUCCAGGAGCAGUUCUUGCUCCAGGGUAGUUGAAGAAGCUCGGGAGCUUAUGAAUCAGAUGGGCUCAGCCCAGAAGACCAAGCACAGUGUCCUAAAAUUGGAGGGCAUAGCAGUCUGGACCUACCUUCAAAAACUAAAAAUGGAUAUACCACAUGAUCCAGCCAUCCCGCUGUUGGGCAUCUACCCAAUGAAUUUGAAGCCAUCAACUCAAAAAAGUACAUGUUCCACAGUGUUUAUUGGCUUUAUUUACAAUAGGCAGGAUUUGGAAACAACCUAAGAGCCCACCAACAGAGAUUUGGAUGGAGAAGAGGUGUCUGUCCACCAUGGAUGCUGUUCCACCAUAAGGAGCUGUUGCCACCUAAUGCAAAAUGGAAGGAGCUUGAGGGAAUGAUGAGCAGCAAAGCAAAUGACAAAGAUCAAGUCAAGUCGUGGGCAUUUUCUCAUGCAUGAGUAACGCCCCAAGCCCGCCUGCUGCAGCCCAGCGCCUGGCCGUGACCGUCACCUACUCCACCACAGUGGCUAAUGCCCGCUUGGGCUCCUCCUCCCGCCUGCUGCUGUGCUGGCGAGGCAGCAUCUACAAGCUGCUCUAUGGAGAGAUCCUCAUCUUCCUGACCGGUUACUACACCAGCCUUUUCAUUUACAGGUUUCUACGUGACCCGUUGGUGGAGCCAGUACAAGAACAUGCUGUGGCCCGAUCACCUCGUGAACCUGAUGUCGACCAUCGUGGAAGCCCAUAA